CGUGAUUGACAAGCGCAACAGAAAAACAAAUAAAGUGGCAGCAGCCCUAUUUUAAAGGCUAUAUUAUUGACAUUUUGCUAACGAAUACGUCCUACUUUAUCUCGGCAUCAUCUCAGGGAAGAUGUCCAUUAUUUCCGUAAAAACAUAAUGGAGGGUUUUCAAGGUUAGGCUGGUCGAACAAAGGCAUCGCGCAUUCAUUUCUACAUAUGCUGCUUUUUGUAUUUCUGUGAAUGCCGUUGACUUCAAAUAUAUCCGGUGAACCUGAAGUACCCUAAAAAUUAUAACAUCAUAUUAGCGAGUAAACGUUCCAAACCCUUUAAUUCGUUCCAUUUUGCUGUUAGCACAAUUUUAAGCUUUUGUUUACCUAAAAAACGGCUUUGUCUGGUACUAGGGUGAACAUGUGCCUCCAUCUGUGUGUUGACGGUACAUUUACGUACGUUUUGUGCCUUUAUAUUCUGGCUGUCCUUAUACGAGUACAGUGUAAUGCAAUGACCUGAUAACGUCACCGUGGUCGUCUGAAAAACGCUUUUUCUGAUCAACGGAGGCAGUCAUCGUAGGUCCAAGCCAUGUUACGCAGCACAUGUUUCCUCAAUGUAUAUGAAGCCUACAAUAAUCGGAACAACAAUGCACUUAAUUACUAAAUGAGCGAAAGUUAUGCCUUCAGUGCCAGCUGCUCUUCAAAUUGUUGAGAUAGCUAAAGAAACGGUCGAUGACUUGCGGAAGGUAAAAAAUAAACAAAGUGCGCCAAGCUUCGUGAUGACGUCGUGGGACCAACAGUUUGUCCUCUCAUUCAUGGCGGGAGCUAGCGCCGGACUAAGCGUGGACUUAAUCAUCUUUCCACUGGAUACACUAAAAACACGUUUGCAGAGCCCUCAAGGUUUCGUAAAAGCGGGUGGUUUCAGCAAACUUUACGCUGGUCUGGCCUCCGUCAUUUUUGGAGCCGCCCCAGGAUCUGCGGCCUUUUUUGUGACGUACGACUCUUUUAAGAGGAUACUCUCCCCCUGGAGUUCCCCCUCAUUGGAGCCAGUAGCACAUAUGUGUGCAGCAUCGCUCGGUGAGGUUAUGGCUUGUUUAAUUCGAGUGCCAGUGGAAGUAGUGAAGCAACGAACUCAGGCGCAACCGAGUGUAACUUCCUGGAUUACCCUAAAGGAUAUUAUUGCAAGGGAUGGAGCCGGAGGCCUGUUUCGGGGCUAUGGCAGCACUGUACUAAGGGAGAUGCCUUUCUCGUUCAUACAAUUUCCUGUUUGGGAAGUACUCAAGAAAUUCGUUUCGGAUUAUCAGGGCCGUUCGGUCACCCCUUUCGAAACGGCUCUAUGCGGCGCUGCCGCGGGGGGUUUCGCUGCAGCAACGACAACUCCUCUGGAUGUAGCUAAGACACGCAUCAUGCUCCAUAGGGGGCAAGCCAAGACAGUGACUCAAACACUAGCUGAGGUUUAUCAACAAGGGGGUGCUAAAGGGGUAUUGAACCGAGGCUAUCACGCGACGUUUAAGGCUAUACGCUGGAGUAAUCCCGAGGUCGAUGUCUCUCUCGUUGGGCGGCUUCAUUUUCUUAGGCACAUACGAAAAGUCACGAAGUGUACUGGAACAAAUCGUGUAAACUGGGAUUUAUUGAAAAAAAAUUGCUUUUCAGGCGUAUCAUUGAACUGUACAGUGUGGACAUUUAUUAUAAUAAAAUGUGUAAGUUUUUAUAGCCUGUUAUUUUCAACGAAGGAAUCGAAGAAUCUAGUACUUAAACGUCAAGCUACGGUAAAAGCGGAAACAAUUUAGGGUCGAAGCCUUAAAAUCAGAGUUGUCCGAAUUACCGAGAUUACACUAUUGCCGUUGAAAAAAAACGUGUACGGUCAUAAAUUACAUCGAACUUGCUCAGAUAUAUGAGAAAUUCAUCAGAGAGAGAAGUGGUACUCCAAAUUCAUUAAGGAUUCGAUUUGUGACAAUUAGUUCAACUUAUCGUUUGUCAAUUCAAACGCAUCUUACCUUUGUAAGCUGAGAUACCAGCGUGAAUUAAUGAUUUCUCUUGCUGAUUCAUGUUCUGCCAAACGCUAGCGACUCUCUACAACAUCAGUAAAUUUUUUCAUUGACCACUUUACGCUACUGUCAUUGGAGUCAUGUUAUUUUUAUAUUAUUCACGUAAUCUAAGAAAAAGAGAGCAACUUUAUCUUUACCUCUUUUUUUUAAUUCAGAGACAUGUUUAUUUUUGAUUUUGUUCACAUUUAGAUAGCUCUUCCUUCGUUUACGUCGUCGAAAUAUCGCGCGUGGCAGGCCGUAGAAAUGGCAC